AUGGCCGCCAUCACACCUUCGGACAACGUCGUCGCGGCUGACGCCGCGGCUCACGCCCCCGCCGCCGCCGCACCUGCUAAACGCUCGUUCCGGUCCUUCAUCUGGGACACCGACACACACCUCAAGACCCCCGAAGAGCGCCGCCUGCUGCGGAAGCUCGACUCGGCCAUUCUGACCGUCGGCUGCCUCGGCUUCUUCAUGAAGUACCUCGACCAGGGCAACCUCGCUAAUGCCUACGUCUCGGGUCUCCAGGAGGACCUGCACAUGUACGGCAACCAGUACACGUACGCCACGUCCGUCUACACGGUCGCCUAUGCCGUAAUGCAGAUCCCCAGCACGCUCAUCAUCCAGCGCGUGCCGCCGCGGCUCUGGCUGACGGCCAUGGAGGUCGGCUGGGGCAUCUGGACGUUUGCGCAGGCCGGGAUGCACACGACGGGGCAGCUGUAUGCCUUCCGGUUCCUGGUCGGCCUGUUUGAGAGCUCGUUUUUUCCAGCCAUGCUGUACCUGCUCGGCACCUGGUACACCAAGACCGAGACGGCUAAGCGCAUUGCGCUGUUCCACAUGACGGCGCCGCUGGGCACGGCGUUUGGCGGCUACAUGCAGGCGGCCGUGUACAACAACCUGGACGGCGUGCACGGGCUGGCCGGCUGGCGCUGGCUGUACAUUGUGUGCGGCAGCAUGACGGUGCCCGUGGGCAUUGCCACCUUUUUCUUGCUGCCGGACACGCCGUUCCGCACGCGGGCGUGGUACUUGACGCCGGCGGAACGCGAACUGGCCAUUGCGCGGGUCAACCGGGAGGGCAAAGCGGCGCCAGCCAAGAUCAACCUGGCCAUGUUCAAGCGGGUCUUGUCGUCGUGGAAGUGGUAUCUCUUUACGCUGGGCUAUGUGCUCUAUGGCGAAUCGUGUGGCGGCAACGGCUACUUUGGUAUCUGGCUCAAGGCCGAGGGCUUCUCCGUCGCCAAGCGCAACCUCAUCCCGACGGGCACGGCCUUGAUUUCUGGUUCCUGUGUCGUCCUCUGGGGCUUUCUGUCCGAUUACACAGGCAGUCGCUUCGCCUUUGUGCUCAUCCCGCUCAUCUUGACUCUCCUGCCCAAUGGCAUCCUCGCCUUUUGGUCCUCCAACAUUCAUUUUCUCGAGUUUGCCUUUUUGACCGUCAACAUCCACUUGAUGACGGCUGUAUAUUACACGUGGGCCAACGAGGUCUGCGCCGCCGACAACGAGCAACGCGCCGUCGUCAUCAGCAGCAUGAACGGCUUCCAGUACGCCGUCGCCGCCUGGCUGCCCAUCGUCAUCUUCCCGCAAACCACCGCCCCGACCUUCCGCCGCGGCUUUCCCACGACCUUUGGUCUCGUGAUUGCGUCCAUCUUUGCUGUCCUUGCCAUCCAGUACAUGAUUGUGCGUGACCGGAAACGUGCGGCGGCCGAGGCAGAACGGCGGCCGUCGACCGACUCGGAAGACGGCGAGCUGUCUCGCGAGCAAGCGAUUGUCCCCGGUAAGGACGAAAAAGUGCAAGUAUAG